GGUGUAACAUAUGCCUGGGGCUCUCUAGGUAGUCCGCUGGUGAAUGCGGGCUGUUCGAGCAUGCUGCUCGGCUGGCAGCUCUUCAUGCUGGCCCUGCUAUUGCUGCUACUUGCACACCAUCAGCCAGCAUGUGGCCAGUCACUGCUCCUCCUCACACCGCAACAGCUACUCAACAGCACGAGGGGCUGUCUUCAGAGCUCCAGACGUUGGACCUCCGCUCGCUGUCGGGUCUCUUCAGCGUGCCUCCCAACGGCACCCUAGAGAUCCGGGGGCUCAGCAUCGUGGGUGCCGCGCUGCCGUCGGCGCCCUUCCCGCUGCCGGCGUCGGGCUUUCUGGCGCUGUCGGCGUUCCGGCUGGGCGCGGGCGCGCGACUGCGGCUGGUGGACAGCUUCCUCACAGUGCCCUCCUGCGCGUUGCUGUCGCUGCAUCAGACGUACGCGUGCGGCGUGUCUCCAUCUCCGAACGUGACGGUGACGCCCAGCAGCCUGGUGGUGCACCGCCUGACGACGCCCAGCCUGGAUGUGACCAACGUGACGGUUCAGUGCUCGGGCGCCGCGGCUCCCUUUCCGUGCCUGGCGGCGUCUGUGCGCAGUGGCACGGAGCUUGUGCAAGCCGCAUUCGCUGCACAGCCGUUGAUAGCGGCCAGCUUUGUUUCUUUCGGCGUCACGGAGGUCCCAGUUUACCUCUUCAUAGCGCAGGACAUUCUUCUGGCAGAGGCAGCGGACCUGCAUGCCACGCUGUGCCGAGCCAGCAGGGCCAGCAGCAGCGACGGCGCGUUCGGUACCACAGCCGGCAGCAACGCUGCCCCCAUCAGGCCUGGUGUCGCCGCAAGACCGGCUCCCACCGCCGCGACGCCACCGCCUACUACAGCGCCCGAACCGCCCGGGCCAACCGUCUGGGCCGGUUGCUCUGCGCCGCUCAGCUACCGCCUCGUCCUGUCCGGCGCCCCCGGAGCCGCCACAGUCCUGGACCUGACUGGCACGACUUCCUGGCUGCAGCCGGGGGCGCGUGCAGGCGGGCUCGAGCUGCUGCACCUGACGCUGCGCGGGCCGCCGGCGGGUCCGGGCGAGGCCGUGCCGCUCGGCCUCAUGCGGCUGCUGCUGUGGACGGCGGACUUCCCGCGGCGCAACCUAGGGGUGCAGUCUCGGGUCUUCCUGGCGUUGGAGGAUUGCGUGGUGGAGCUGCCGGCGGCGGAGGUGGCGAUGUGGCGGGAGGCGUGGGGCCUGCCGCUGGGUCCGCGGCUGCGGGGCACGCUGUGCCUGCAGAAUGAGGAGACUGUGCUGGGCAACGUCGUCGCGGAGCAGGUGCCCGGCUCGGAGGAUGACGUGAUGCUCGUGUCCGCAGCCGGGUGGGCCGGCGCAUUCCACUUUUCGAACGUGCGACUGGCGGUGCACGAGCAGCACAUGCAGCCGCCGCCGGAACUGUCGGCAGCAGGAGGCGCGGCCGCUGCCGCCGCAGCGGCUGGCGGCGCAAUAAGCGGCACUGGCACCAGCCCCAACACCAGCACCAAUGCAGGCGGGGUCGGGGACGGCGGCGACGCGAGCACCGGCGCUAAACGAACUAGCGCGCUCGGCGCGCCUCCGGCCGCAGCCAGUGACUUUAGCUCGUUCUUGCAUCGGCAAAACCUCGCUGUGCCUGGCUCCUACCCCAGCCUCUGUGUCAUUGUGCCGCCGGGCGCUCAGCUGCCCAUGAGCUCGCGCUCCUACCGGCGCGUUACCACCGGCGUCCUGCUCGGCAUUGACUUGCUGGUAAUCACGGCUGGCGUCGACAACAGCUCGAGCGACAGCGAUCGUGUGAAACUGGAGCAGGCGUAUUUCGGGAACCUGGUGGAAAGCUACUCGCGCGGCGCGAGCAUGCGCCUUGACACCCGUGACGUGGUCGGCACGAUCCGCGUGUUUGCGCCCGUGAUGCUGAUGGGGGACUUUUACGACGCCGCGGAGCUGGACAUGGACGGCCGGGUCGCAGCCAUCAGCAUUACCGGGCCAGUCAGCGGCUUGCUCACGCUGCGGCUCAUAGCGCUGACCGGCUUGCCGCGCGCAUGCUGCGGAGCUGCUGAUGAUAUAAUGAGUUUGCCAGCUCUGGCGUCGGCUGCCGGUGGGACUGGAUCAUCAGCAUCAGUUGGUAUGACCCAGGGUCUCGCGCCAGCGCUCGCCAACUUCACGUCCUGCCUCUGGACAUUUGUGUUCGACCGCUCGCCAGAGGCCCUGGCGGCGGACUUGGCGGGUGGCGCGGGCGGGCGGCCGGCGGGCCUGCCACGCCUGUUCCUAGACUCGGUGGUGCUCGUGGUGCCAGAGGCGGAGCUGCAGCUACUGGGGCGUGUGUGGGCCGCGUCGGCAGACCUGCUGAGCGGUCGGCUUGCGUUCUCUGCGGACACGGACCCUGGUCUGGCGGCGGCGCUGCGUGCGAUGCUGGGGUUCUCGCAGCUAGCGGCUGGCAACGGUAGCUCUACAGGCGGCAGCACCAGCACUGGCAGCUUGCCACCUCUGCAGUUCUCCACGCUGCAGUGGUGCGGCUACGUUGGCCGCAACGUGACGCUGACGUCACAGGGCUACUCCGCCAGUGCCGCGGCGGCGCUCCGGCGUGUGGCAGCAACGUGGCCGUCCCUGGCGGGUCUGCCUGUGGUGCACGUAGCCGUGCCGGAGCCCCCGGCGCCUCCCGCACGCGUACAGCCCACUGCGCCACCCGGACAGCAGUUGCCGGCAGCUUCCUUCCCAUCAGGGACCACAGCACCUCCUGCACCAGGCCCCAAGGCCAGUAGCCUACCAGCGACGUCAGGCGUUCAGCCGCCGCCCGGUGGCACUGCGGUGGGCAGGGCAGGAUCCCCAGGGCGGGACGCGGCGCCACAACCGCAGCCCGAACCCGGGCUUAGGCAGCCACACGUGGCCUUAGUCGCAGAUGAUGUGUCAGGCGACCUCACCGGUGGCGCUUCAAACGGCAGCAGCCUGGGCGGUGGCAGUGGCAAUAGUGGCGGCAGUAGCAGCACCAGUGGCAGUGGUGGCGGCAGUAGCUCCAAGGCCGUGCCUGUGGCCGUGCCUGUCGUGGCCGCCGUGGUCGGGGCCGCGCUGGUGCUUUGUGCAGCUGCGGCGGUGUGGGCAUGGCGCCGCCGCCGUGCCCGGCUGCACCUCGCAGCAGGCAGCCCGCGCAAGGGGCGGCCGGGGCAGGCAGACACCAGUUCGCGCACGAGGAUGCCAAGGAGCACGGCCUCCAGCUACACUGGCGCGAAUGUUGAUCGCGCCGCAACGAGCGGGGACGACAGCGGACCCACGAUAAAGAACAGUUCGGCGGAGGGCUCUGCCGUUGCGAGUAGCCCGGACAAACGCGGGGCCCGCCAGCCGCGGUCUUUGUUGCAGAGCCGCAGCUCUGCAUGGGCGCUCAUCACAGGCAGGGGCGUCAGGAGUCCGCCGAGGCGUUCACCUGCCAGCACUGCCUCGGGUUUCGUGAACGGCGUCAUGCAGCGGAUGUCCUGUGGUGUGGCUCCGCGCACUGCUAGCGGCACCGGCAGCACAGGCGCCGGCGCCAGCGGUGCGGCCUCAGGCGCGGCCUCAAGUGCAGGUGCAGGCGCAGGCCGCAAUCCUCCAGACCCGAGUGUUCAAGAGUCAGUCCGCAAGGCAAUCAUCGGCAUGUUUAUGGAAAUGGAGGAGACUCAGGCGGCAGGCGAGGUCGCCGGCGGCGGCGACGGUGGGGCUCCAACCCAGGUGGUCGGCCCCGCGACGGACGCAGCAGGUUCUGGCACGCCGGGUCGAACGCCGGCAGAGCACACCCCAGCACUCAGGCCAUUGUCAAAAACUGCCGAUGGCUCACUGCAGCCUAACAGGGUGGCUAUCACUGGAACCAGCGACGGCGCUGGGUCGGCCAUAUCACAGCAGCCUUCACCGCCGCCUGUGCUGGCCAUCACCGGCGAGCUGGGCCGCGGCGCGCAGGGCGUGGUGUACCGUGGCGUGUGGCGCGGGCUGGACGUGGCGGUCAAGAGCGUGCUGUUCCACCUCGAGCCGGGCCCUGGCGGCGCGGCCCGGGACGUCCCUGUGCAGCGGGCGGUGCAGGAGGCGGCCAUUGCCGUGAGCAUGGCGCACCCCAACAUCGUGGCCACCUACACCUACCAGCUGCAGCCGCUGCAGGCACAGGCACCAAAUGCUCACAGCGAGCAAUGGGUCCGAACGGGAAACGAUUCAUAUCUAGGAACAACAGUCGACUGCACAGGCAGCGGCAGUGGAUCAUCAGCCACCCCCGGACAUGCUGCCGAGGCGGCGGUGUGGAAGCUGACGCUCAUUCAAGAGCUGUGUGACGCCAACAGCCUGCGGCACUGCCUGCAGUCCGGGCUGCUGCUGCUGGGGCAGCAGGCGGGCGCAGCCGUAGGCACAGGCAGCGACGCUGGACAGUCACCAGCUAUACAGCCGCCGCCGGCCCGGACUGUGUUGCUGCUCGCCUGCGACAUAGCGCGGGGCCUGGCGCACCUGCAUGAGCGCGGGGUGGUGCACGCGGACCUGUCCUCCAACAACGUGCUGCUGCAGAGCACUGCGAGUAGGCCGCCUAGGAUGUCAGCGCCAGGCACAACAGGCGGCGGCCCGCCCGCCUUCAACAGUAGCGCAGUGGACACAGGGCUUCGCGUUGUGGCCAAGCUGUGUGACUUCGGUCUCAGCGGACGAUUGGACGUGGAGGCGGACGCAACGCACCUUUCAGGGCCCGCCAGGCGCUCCUGUGCGUACUCUGCGCCGGAGCUGGUGGCGUACGGCCGCUCUGGCCCGGCAGGCGACGUGUACGCCUUCGCGGUAGUGCUGUGGGAGCUGGCGCUGGGCCUGCCGCUGCCUAUGGCUCUGGCGCGGCCUGAGAGCGCAGGCCUGCGUGCGUGGCAGUCGGAGCAGGCGCGCCUGGUGCCGCUUGGAGAUGACGACUUGAAUGCGUCAGGGACAGGGGGUCAGGCGUCGGAUGUUGCCCUGGCAUCCCUGGCGCUGCCUCCAGGUCUGUUUUGGUGGCCGCCCGGCACUCCGGCUGGGCUUGUGUCCCUCGUUGCGGAGUGCUUGAGGCCCGAGCCCCAGUCACGGCCGCCGGCAGCGGCAGUGCUGAAGCAACUGCAAAGCAGCUGGUACAAACUGCUGAAAAGCAACUCUUAGCCUUGCCAUGCACAACCGGGUAUACGCACGCUUCGUAAGUUUGCACGAGUUCCUAGCAUCGAAGUGAUGCGGCUUAUUGGGCAGCAGGACGUUGGUGAGAUGAGUCACAUGAGAUGGUCACAGGAUGUUGGUUAGAUGAGGCAUAGUUGGUGCCCAGUAAUGGGCCGUCGCAUAGCACUGAAGCGCCUUGCUUGAUCCUAACUGAAGCAUGCCCGAUGAUCGAUGAGUAUUUGGUGCUGUGUAGAUGGUUACGGGAUGUGGGCCCGAACUUAUUGAGCUGCCGCUGAAAGUUGUGCGCACAGAAGUGUUGUUGGCAUUGUCGUGUGUUUACUUGACAAUGUCUGUUGUUUCGCUGCUGUACCACUCCAGGAUGGUCCAAACUACCGUUGGGGACUGGCGUGGUGGCGGUGAUAGGCAUGGUCGCACAGCAAUGAUGCAGGUAUUCACAAUCAUACAUGCCUGAAAAAAUGAACCGGACUUUCGUAUGGCGGAUGUUCGUGCCCGACUGUACAACGGGGACGCGUCUUUACGGUAGGGAAAGGACGCUGUUGUUAGUUCUUUGGUGAAGGUGGAGAUCGUAGUGAGGAGAGGGGCAAAGACGGACAACGCGGGAGGGGGGGAAUCGCAUGUUGUGCAGCCCAUGCACAAUACCAGGGACAUGAUUGAGCGCGUCCUCGGAGAUGUAUUUUGUUGCUAGGUGAGGUUUGGGUCCCAGUUGAAUGCGUGGACUGAUGGAUAAGUCACGUGAAAGAGUGGAAGACCUGAUAGUGGUGACUGGUCGAGAUGAUGCCGUACAUGUCUGUCCAAACGGUUCGACCCGUAGAGGUGUUGCUUGAAGCCUUGAAGAUUUGGAUGAGGCUGGGGAAAUGGGUGUGGCAUUGUUGGGCUACAGAAGGCGGGCGGGAUGGGGUGGGUUCGUGUCUGCCAAGAUCGCAGGCAGGCGCCCUCCCCGUCACG